AUGACGGUCAAUGGUUUGUGUUUUGUUGAAUGGAAAGAACAAUUUGUUUCACAAGAGCGCGGCCAUCGGGUGGUUCACUAUUACCUAAAGGAUUCUGCUGGAGAAUCAUUCCUCGCAGUUGUUGGCACUGAGAGGAGUGUUAGACACAUGUGCUAUGUUAUUGCUGAGGAUUUCCUUGAAAUCUGCGGAAUGGAGGGUUUGUUUCCGCCAGGUUUUAAAUGGAGAUCUAGAAGAGAGGUUGUCGAUUGGUUGACAUCGAUGUUAUCAAAGCAGCAUCUUCAGGGCGAUAGAAGUGUAAGGCCUUCACAUAAUUUGGAACUAGCUCACGAGAUCACAAAUGGUGAUGUUAAAGAAGUUACUGGUCUUUCUGCACAAAUGGUGGAUGACAAGGACUUUCCAAAGAGUAACUCCAAAAUAUCCAAUUCAGACAUCGUUUGGUCAGGACUUGCGUGGACAUGUGGCAAACAACUCAAGCAUUAUCCGGCGUUUUGCAGAAAUGGCAUCCAAAUAGGGAUUCAGUCCUUUGUUUUUGUCAUGGGCAAUGGAGAGAACCAUUAUGUUGCAUAUUUAGAUGAUAUGUACGAAGACAGAAGGGGGCAGAAAAAGGUAAAAGUACGGUGGUUUCAUCAUAAUCAGGAAGUCAAGGGUGCAAUUCCCGUACGAAAUCCUCACCCUCGUGAAGUUUUCAUCACAUCUUAUUCUCAAGUCAUCAGUGCAGAGUGUGUUGAUGGACCUGCCACAGUUUUAACCCGUGAACACUACGAAAAAUGCACACCUUAUUUUUCACCCUCUUCAAUAGACAGAAUACAUUUGUGCUUUAGGCAAUUAAAAGGCAACAAAGUCAAGCCCUUCGACUUAAGUAAACUGCGUGGCUACUAUACUCAGCCAGCUCUUUCUUCCUUGCAUGUUGAUGGUAUCCAUAACACUGAGGCUCACAGCAACAGCCUCACAGGAGAAGAUGAAGAUUUGGAUGUCGGCGACGAUACAAAGCGUGGAGCCAAGAGGAGUAGAAAUGUUAAGGAUUCUCCUCCUUCUUGUAACGGUCGACAAGGGGUUAGGAAGUUGAUUAGAAGUAAUCAAAUAAUGGGAUAUCAAACUUUCCAGGUUGUGAAUUAUGUGAGGCCAGAUAGGAGAUUGCUUUCUCUAAAACCGAUCCAAUGUCAACAUUGGUAUAACCCGAUUUACAAAGUUGAUGACAAGAUAGAGUUGCUCUGUCAAGAUAGUGGCAUCCGAGGCUGCUGGUUCAGGUGUACGAUUUUACAGGUUGCUCGGAAAAAGCUGAAAGUCCUAUAUGAUGAUGUUCAGGAUGAAGAUGGAAGUGGAAAUCUUGAGGAGUGGAUCCCUGCUUUUAAGUUGGCCAAGCCUGAUAAACUUGGGAUGAGACAACCUGGCCGAUUGACGAUAAGGCCAGCUCCACCUUUUGAAGAACAAGAAGUGAUUGUUGAGGUCGGAACUGCCGUUGAUGCAUGGUGGAGUGAUGGCUGGUGGGAGGGUGUUGUAACUACAAUUGAGAACUGUGGCGAUGACAGUGUUCAAGUCUACCUUCCUGGUGAAAGCUUGCAAAUGACAGUACAUAAAAAGGAUUUAAGAAUAUCUCGAGAUUGGUUCGAUGACACGUGGAUUAGUAUAAAGGCAAAGCCUGAUAUAACCCCGACUAUAUUAACUUCUGAUAGCUUUAACACAAGUCUCUCCUUGUCUCCAUCUAUGGCUAAAGAUGUAGACUCCGUUGGUUUUGCUAAUUCAUGUCAUGACAUUCCUGCUAGUGAGAAGUCUAACGAACUCAAUAUUUUUGAAGAGAAACUUGUAUGCUGUAAUGUUGCUGAAGAUGAGGUUUGUCUCCAAAAUGAUAAUUCUCCUUCUGAAAAAAAUACUCAAGUUGUUGAUAUCGAAGAUAAUGGUUGUAAUGAUGAUAAAGACAGCAGCGAGAAUGAUGAUAACAAGAAUGAUUAUAGUAACAAUAGGGAUGUGGAGGUCAUUGGGACUUCUGGUGUUGACUGUAAAGGUGCACAACUAAUGGAAGUGGCAGUGUGA